AUGACGGCUGGUUUCAUUGAGCUGGAUUUGAUCUCCCUCACGAAGUCCUUGGCACACGUAAACCAAGAAGUGAACGCAUCACGAGCUGGAGUCCUGGAUGCAAUUCGAGCCCGAGGUGACGAAUUUCUAGCCGCAUCUGGCCAAGUCAAUGACCUGCAGCGCCGGGUGGCGGAUUUGAACGAAGACCUUCAGAAGACGACGCAAAACCAACCAGCCCGGCCCAAAGAGGUACAGCACGAGUCAGAAAGGCAUGCGCAGCUGGAAACUCGUCUGUCGGAACUUGAUGACGCCAUUGAAAUCCUUGGUAUUGUUUUGGAAGCGAGAAGCUCACUGAUCAGAGUGGAAGGCCUUGUUUCCCGGCGCAGCUUUAUGGAAGCUUCAACCAUGUUGCAGAGAGUUGCUGCAUGCUUGGCCCCUAUCUCCCCGCCAGCGUUUAUAAAGGAGCCAGACAUGAUCAGGUCUGUGAAGGAUGAGUACUGCAAGUUGCGAGCUUCCCUAUUGGAUGCAGUCGACGAGCGUUUUGACGAGCUGGUCAGCCUUUCUGACGAUAGUUCACGCAAUCCACACAUCGCAGGACCAAUGUUGGCAGAAGUAUGGGCUCUUUUCCAGGCUUUGGGGGUGAGAGGCCAGCGCUUGGACAAACUGUCUGGCGAGAUUCGGAGAAGCUUGCUCGGGCCACUGCUGGCCAGGGCUAAAGCACAAGGCACGCCUUGGCUCCUGGAGUCGUUGACAGAAGUUUUUCACAGAUGUUACUAUUGGUGCGGCGAAGUCAAGGAGGUGGCCGAAGACUGUCUGGCAGGUCAGUUUGAGAUCGCGGACGGACAUACUGUCGAGCGCUUUGAAAGCGAUCUCCAGUUGCGAGGCUCCGUGCUUCCUGUCGGCAAGCUUGACGUUCAAGUUGGCUUGACAGGUUUCAUCAGCGCGAAGCAGGAGGCUCGGUGCACCUCGAUGCUGGUCGAGGCCAAGGCUUGGAUCCAGGACGAGGGCGAACUAGUCAGUGUCGAUGAAGCCACCUUCGGCAGCUAUUCCCAACUUUUGCAGUCUGUAACGAUGCAGUCCCUUCCGCACGGGCUGGUGCGCGAGCUUGAGAACAGACCGUCUUUGCUUCGCCUUCCCUCCAUGAAGGUCUCUUCAGUGCUGAUGCGCUUGGUAAGGUGCAUCUUUGAGUGCAUGGAGACUGCCCAAGACGUAACGGAGACGUUCAACCUUGUCCGGCGGCUUUGCAUGCUGUUUGCAAUCAUGAGGCCCCAUGAGGCCUCCUUGAAGGAGGCAAAGUUUUGCUCAGUCUUCCUAGCUGAUCUGCUGUGCCUCGUGCACGUCCUUGCCUUCCUGCCCUACAGAUGCACCGUGAGGCCGAAUACAGAGCUCCUGGCUCUGGACCUAGUUCCCCAAUUCCGGCGCUUGGGUGAGCACCAUUUCGGUGGCAUGCUGCGGUACCAGCAGGACCAGCUCCUCAAGGGAUUGCAGGUUUGCAAUCUGGGCCGAGGCGCCGCAGAGGCUGCAGCCUAUGUUGCCAGUGAGGCGGCUCUGGGCGCAGCGGCGCAGCAGAUGAAGGCUUUCUGCACAGGCGUGGGAGGUCUCCCAGCGCAGAUUCUCGAGGAGAGCGCGCUGCUGCUCUUUGGCAGCUUCUGCAAGGAGCUGGUGCGGAAGGUUCUGGCCACUGCUGACCAGCCACUCUCCAAACCGCAUGUUGUGAAGGUUGAUCUAACAGCAGGCGUGGGUCGAGUUGUUGGCGUGGGCGGGCGAUGGUUGGAGACAGCCUUCGCUGGUGUCGGCUCAGGUUCUGGCUCAGAUGAUUUUCGGGAAGUACUUGCAGGCUUGAAGGGAGGCUCGAACAAAGAGGCUUCCAACCUAGCUGGCCCGCAGACAGAGGUGUGGCUUUUGGAUGCGGAGGAUGUGUCUAGUGUCAUCGCUCUCCUGACCUCUGCACAAGCCAUGGUGCGACAAAAUCUGCAAGCGGCCGGCAUCAAGCGCCCAGAGGAUGAGGUUCCGGGCUACCCGGCACUGCAACUCUCAGCGGACUUGUUGGGCUCUGACUUCUCACGGUUUCUCCAGAGACGGAAGCAGGUCCUGAAAGCUCUGCAGCAUGACGAAGUCAUCCGGCUGAUGAAGUUAAGUUGGCAGGACGAGGCGCUAACCACUGCAGAGGCGUGGCGCGUGUUGACGUCUGCUGGCUUGUGA